AAAAAAAACAGAAAAAGCUGACACCAGCUGAAAAGCAACCCAAAAUACCAUGAAUCUACUGUCACAAUAGAAAUUGUGUUUUGUGUUAUCUUGUGUUGUUUGUCUUGUUGCUAAGCACUGUUGUGUACCAAAUGCUGCAGGAAAACCUCCUCAAGUAGCAGACACCAUAUUAUAAAAAAAUAAUUUUAAAGCAAAAAUUAUAAAUACUGUAAACCUACAAAUAAUUAAAAAUAAAUUAAGCUCUUUGUCACAGCUACAAAACAGCCUAAUACAAAAACAAAUACAAAUAAAAAAAAUACAUACUGCUAUAGCUAUAAAAUGUAAUAAAAUGCAGAUACUUGGUUUGUUCACCUUAAAACACAAAAUGUUUUAGGGUAAUAUCAAAAAACACUAAGGUUUUAAUACACUCGCUAAAGCAAAAAAAAAUAUCACUGUUUAAUACUUAUCAAUACAAAUAAAUGCAGUACGUUUUUAGUAUAGUAAGGCCAGACCUUUUCACGGGGGGAAUUGUUAUUAAAAUCGCACACCAACAGGCUCUGAAGGCAAAAAUAUAAAAAGUUAGCCCACUACCCAUAGUGAACAUGGAAUCCUUCUGGCUACCCCAGACCUCAAGCCAGUGGGCUGGGGAGGGAGGGAAGCUAUUGAACACCAGAGGUUGUACCAAGUGGACUCCUCAAAAGUGGGUGUGCUUAUCCUUGCCUGUUGCUCCAAAGCUCUGUAGUAAAGACAUUUCCCUAAAAUCUUGUAUCUAAAAUAAAUUAAAUAAUAAGACCAAAGUACUGUAUAAUGGGCAAUGUGUAUGUGUCAAUUCCUAAAAAAAAAAAAAAAAUUAAAUAAAAAUGUUAGCAACCUGCUAGUAAGCAAAUGUAAUGUAAAUAUGGUGUUUACCAAUAAUCGCAUUUACUGUUUGCCAGAACCAAAAUGUCUCAGCUUUGCCCAGUUAAAAAAAAAGCUGUGUAAAACCCGUGAAGCCGUAAAGACCGCUUUAGAUAAGGAAAAGGCCAAGCAUAAGGGGAUUGUCAGUAAAGACAUCUGAAAAUGGCAACUUGAAGACAAGGAGCUACCUGCAAGUGGACCUGAUUUAAAUGUUUUUGCAGAUUUUGCAGGUGUGUCUGUCUGAAGUUCUGGAAAAAAUUCAACUGCAUCUGCAUUUAAAUCCAUCUGAAAUGUUAUGCUGUAAAAGAAAAUCAUACUAUGUAGCUGCUGCUUGCAUUUUUGCUUUCACUUUGAUGAUUCUAUAUUACCUUUGGACACAGGGGCACUCUCUCCUACCAAAUAUAACACCACAAGAAGGCAACUUCUGUAGAGGGGAACUUGCCAGCAAUACAAUCACAGCCAUAAAAGGUACUAGAGCUUUUAUCAUUGCCCCAUACUUCGAUAAUAGAAAAAGCAAAAUAACCCGCGUGAUUGGGAUUGUUCACCAUGAAAAGGUGAAAGACCUUUUCUGUUGGUUCUGCUGCCAGCCUGAUGGUGAAAUAUAUGUAUCAACGGCAGCAAUAGAGGUUCAUUCAGAUCGAUUUGGAUUCCCUUACGGGGCAGCAGACUUGCUUUGUUCAGAACCUCAAAACUGUGAUCCAAACUUUGUAUCCAUCAGUUGGGAACCUAAAGGAAAUAUUGACCAACUACCAAGGUUUGAAAUAAAAAACCGCAAGCCUGAGACCUUACCCAUUGAAUUCACUGUGUGUAUCUCUCCCAUGUUUGGAAAUUAUAGUAAUGUCUUACAAUUUAUACAGGCCAUGGAGAUAUAUAAAAUUCUUGGGGCACAGAAAGUUAUUAUCUAUAAGAACAGUUGCAGCCAAUUGAUGGAGAAAGCCUUGGAAUUUUAUAUUGCAGAAGGAACCAUUGAGAUAAUUCCCUGGCCAAUUACUUCAUACCUCAACGUUUCUUCUCGAUGGCAUUUUUCUAUGGAUUCCAAAGACAUUGGCUACUAUGGACAAAUCACAGCUCUAAAUGACUGUGUUUACCGCAACAUGUACAAGAGCAAGUUUGUGCUUCUUAAUGAUAUUGAUGAAAUUAUUUUGCCCAUGAAACACCCAGACUGGAAAAUUAUGAUGAGCGGCCUUCAAGAGCAAAAUCGAGGGGCUGGCAUUUUCCUCUUUGAGAGCCACGUCUUCCCUAAAACUGUAUAUGCUUCUACUGACAUAUUCAACAUUACAUCCUGGAAUGCUGUGCCUGGCGUUAACAUCCUGCAGCAUAUUCACAGAGAGCCUAACAGAAAAAAUGUAUUUAAUCCUAAAAAAAUGAUAGUUGAUCCAAGGAAAGUGGUUCAGACUUCAGUCCACUCUGUCCUACAUGCCUAUGCGGACAGUGUGAAUGUUCCCAUUGAUGUUGCCCUUGUUUAUCAUUGCCGGGAACCCCUUCAAGUAAAGCUUCCUAGAGAAUCCCUGAUUAGGGAUACAACUAUCUGGAGAUAUAACUCAUCAUUAAUCAUGAAUGUUAACAAAGUGCUACAGAAAACAGUGUUCUAAGUGCAGAAAAUGAGACCAUGAGGGGGUGGGGAAGGGGUGGAUUACCAAUAUGUAUAGAUUCUGGAAGGAGGGUCCCAACUAAGGUCUGCUCCAGCUUGAUGUUCUCCUUCCCCAGGACUUUCAUCCUCCUUAACACCACAGAGGCUAUCAGACCAGGGGUGGGACCACUCUACUGUGCCCCAGAAAGUGUCAUCUAUGUACCUCUGUCUCCCUUAGCUCUCCCAGUUCAGCCACUCUGGUCUCCAGAGCCCGUACUCAGUCUGAGGGCCAUGAGCUGCUUGCACCAAAUACAUACACAUUGCCUAUUUCUCAGAUGCUGUCUCUAGGCUCUCAUAUUUCACUCAGUUUAAUUGCAGUGGAGAAUUAAUUGAAGUGAUCUGAGUCUUUUUCACAGCUUCAUAUGUCGUUGUAGAUUGUCACAAGGUCCCACAUGCUUUAGAUCACUGGUAAAUGUAUUUAUCCUUAUCCGAUGUUGUUAUAAAGCUAAGGUAACCCCGCUGGCACCUAACCCAAAAUGGCCAAUAAGGAAACAAA